GAAGCAGGGACAUCGACUCAGGAUCAACUGGAUGUAUCGAGCAGAAACCAAGACAUCAGAGUAACACAAGUCACAGUAAUGAUGUAGACAAUGCCUCCAUUGUCAGCGAGACAGUGUGAUAAUGACAAGGCAAGAAAAUCUGCAACAUCGGAGGUCUGUGGAAAAGCUUUUAGGCCAUAAAUCAGUUUUAAUCAUACAUCACAGAACCCACACUGGUGAGAAGCCGUAUUCUUGUGAAAUCUGUGAAAAAAGCUUCAGUCGACGGAACUCUUUGACUGCCCACAUAAGAUGUCACACAGGUGAGAAACCGUAUGUUUGUAACACUUGUGGAAAAAGAUUUUCUGGUUCAUCAGCACAUAGAAGGCACACGAUAAUUCACAAAAAGAGAAAGCCAUAUUCUUGUGAAACCUGUGGAAAAACCUUCAGUCAACGUUCCCAUUUGACUUCCCACAUGCGGUGUCACACAGGUGAGAAGCCGUAUUCUUGUGACACAUGUGGAAAAAACUUUAGUCAACGGGCCCAUUUAACUUACCACGUGAGACGUCACACAGGUGAGAAGCCGUAUGUUUGUGGAAGCUGUGAAAAAAGCUUUAGUCGACGGGACGCUUUGACUGUGCACAUGAGAUGUCACACAGGUGAGAAGCCAUAUGUUUGUAACACUUGUGGAAAAAGAUUUUCUCGUUCAUCAGCAUAUGGAAAGCACACGAUAAUUCACAAAAAGAGAAAGCCAUAUUCUUGUGAAACCUGUGGAAAGAGCUUUCGUCAUCAGUCCUCUUUGACUCCCCACAUGAGAUGUCACACAGGUGAGAAGCCGUAUUCUUGUGACACCUGUGGAAAAAGCUUCAGUCAACGGACCAAUUUGACUGACCACAUGAGAUGUCACACAGGUGAGAAGCCAUAUUCUUGUGACACCUGUGGAAAAAGCUUCAGUCGACGGCACCAUUUGACUGUCCACAUGAGAGGUCACACAGGUGAGAAGCCAUAUGCUUGUGGAAUCUGUGAAAAAAGCUUCAAACAUAGUUGUCAAUUAAAAGCACACAUGAGAAUCCACACAGCUGAGAAGUCGUGAUCCUGAAACAUCUGUGGAAAACAUAAUGUCAGAACUCAGCUUGAAACAACAUGGAAGAGUUGGUAGAAGUUAAAAGUAGAUGUUUUAGAUUUAAAGCACCUUUAGUCUGUGCUUCAACAACAAUUGUGAGGAAGUAUGUAAGCAAUCCUUGAUGAUUAGACCAGAUGGAGUCUGGACUGUGGUGGUGGUGGAGCAGGCAGAAGAACCAAACUGAAUGUCUGGAUGGAUAUGGUAUUGGUACAGACUGCUACAUUUCUGCUAUCAUGACAUCCUUCAUCAGCAGAGCAGUGAUUGGAGAUAUUGUGAAGCUGUUUGGAACAUUUUCACAUCCUGCUGAGAGAACAUGGCUGUUCAGGUGUGAACAUACUGCUGGAAUCCACUCAGCUUGAGCUCUGCCGUCUUUCCAGUAAAAGGAGGCAACGAGAUACAGAGACAUUGUGACAGUAGGACACAACAGAGUGUGUCACUGCAGCAGAGGAGAUCUGGACGUGAAAUAAAGUUGUAAUAAAACGUC